AUGAAUAUCAUCAACCAACCCAAUCUUGCCUCUGGGCAACAAUACGCUGUCAAAAGUAAUCGUGGGAUAGAUUUCCGAGAUUCGACCCCGUUUGGGGCAAAUAUCGCCACUACUGCAAACGGUGCUUUUUCACCUUUGAAAAAUUACGACUAUGCUAACGGAAACAAUUUCUUUAGUACCAAUAAUUUGAAUGCCGAUAGCUUGGAUCCAUCGAAUAUGAGCUCUAAUGUUGGUAGAUCUGAGUUUGCAAAUAAUAAUAUAAAUAUGGCUGAGGCUUCCCGACAAUACGAGAAUCAAUCAAAUUUGAAUAUAGGUGAUACAACAGGAAUAAACUCGCCAAUAAACGGGAGUCCAGCCCUUCAGUAUAUCCAACAACCAUCUCAGCAAGACAGUAAACUUACACACCAAAAUGGGGGCUUGAUUAUAGAAAAAGCAAACAUCAUCAACGGAUAUAAUGUACUGGGUAAUUUAGAAGCCAAUAAUACAGAAUCCAAAAAACAAGGUAAUUCAGUUUCCUUGACCUCUUCGAAUCCCUACUCCUCUCCCUAUAAUAGUUUCAACUCAAAUACAAUGCUUCAAAAUAACGGCAACAAUAAUGGAUACUAUACCAGAAGUAAUAGCAUUUUUGAAUAUAACCGUUCUUCGUCAAUUACAGAGUCAUUAACAGCUCCUCCAGGACAACAAUCAUUUAAUUUGGGUAAUAGUGAUAUGUAUCCCUGCUCACCUGCCAGGUCGGGAGCUACUGUCAUGAAUGAUGAAAUCCUUGAUGAUACCAACUAUAAUUACAAACCUUCCUUCGAUGUUAGUGGUAACAAUGGUGGUAGGUCAGCAUCUUUUUCACGUCCUCUUUCUAAUGCUGACACAACAAACCCUAACACAGGUUCGUUUGCGAUGAGCAACACCAUCUCCUCAAUGAUGCCACAUACUGCAAUUGGAACAACUUUUGGAAUUAUUGAUGAAGAAUAUGGGACCAGUGCAUUAUCACGCCAUUCACAGAAAGGGAUGGGGUCAUAUCUGCAGCGGGAUUUUGAUAGCGGGAAUUUUAAUGGUACCAGUUUUGGAGGAGCUUCUAGGUUUGAUAGGUUUGGAAGCUUUAGUAGCAGUACCGGCACCGGAAGCUUUGGAAGAAGUCUUAGCUUUAGUGUUGCUAAUAGUAUGGCAAACAAAGAUCAAGGGAAUACACAAGAAAGAACCAAUGGGAUUCUUAACGACGAUGGGCUUAUGACUAAUCGGCGAAACCUCAACAAAGAUAAUGAUGCUGAACAGAUGGUUGCAAACAUGACCAAUGACGCAAAGAAUUUUAAUCAUGGCCCUCCAGGAUUGAAUUUGAGUUAUUCAUCUUUCAACCGCAAACUGCAAACACAACAAGAUAUGGCCUUUGGUGCUCCUCACUCUCAAAACGCGUCAUUUGAUGGUUCUAUUUCUGGAAGUAAUGGCCGAAGCUUAACUUCUCAAGGAGUACUGUUUACCGCUGAUCGGUCACUUUCUCUCAGCAAUUAUGGUCUUCCGAAACCACAAUAUGUGGAGUAUAUUAACCCCAACAAUAGUUACCCCGUCAAGGAAAAUCAGGGUAUGUUAUAUCCUAAUAAUUAUAAUGAGAGAAGACAGUUCAGUUUGAGUUCAAAUAGUGCUGGAAAUGCUAUCUCUGCUCCACAAUUUGGUCCUGGGGACACUAUCACUGGCGGAAGUUUUGGCUCAAAUAAUGGGCCUGUUGACAUGGGAAUAUCUCAGUCAGUAUUAUCAGAUAUGGGAGAUAAUAAUGACAUUAACAAUAUGAAAAUGAUGAGGAUGAAAAAUAAUAAUUAUAUUUCAAAAUCUUUACCUCAACUGCAAAACAUUACACCGCAGCUCCAAAAACUAUCUAGAAGAAAUUUGCCCUCGACUACCACAUCAUCACUUGGCCUUGAAAAUGGGUUGCUAUUAGUUAACAACCACAUAAUCACAUCUCCUGAACUCCGUGCAUUGUAUAGAAGCUCUGAUGGGUAUUUCUGCAUCGCAAAAGCUGAGAAAGUGUAUAAUGGCAUUAAAUCAUUGUUGGAUCCGAUGGCACCUUAUGCGCCAAGAGUGUCACAAUUGGUGGGAUUUCUCAAACGUAAAAAUGAUAUUGGUGGAUAUGGACACGGAAAUGGGCAUCACAAUGGCAAUUCCAGUGGGAACACUGCUAAUUUUGUUGGAAUAGGGGACUCGUUGCCUCAUAAAUUCAAAAAUAUGUGUCUUGUAUGUUCUAAAGCUGGUAAGAUUGAUGUCUUGACGGUAUCUCCAAAUAGCAAUAUUCUUCUUCAAAAGCAUGAUUUGGUAAUAGUCGAAGGCGACCGAGGUAAGGACUUAGUUCAUGUUAUUGAGCCAACUAUAGGCUUGAACUUUGUGGUUGUUCUAAAUUUCUUGAAAAAGAGAGAACAUUUGAAGAGUAUGGGCGGCACUUCAUCCAGUGGUCAAGGUAGAGGCGAUAGUUUCGGCAGUGGCAAAAGUUCUAGUGGUAAUUAUAAUCAAGAUGAUGAGCAUGUGCUAACCCUUCCAGUUAAACAGAUUCUAAGAUUUGCUCUGGCUAAUGAAGUCGGCCAAUUGCCUUCUAAACUAAAAAAUGAAAUUGUGGCAUUCAAGAUUGCUAUUGAAAAGUUGAAUCAAAUAAACAUGAAAGCCAAUGUCAUGAAUCGAAAGGCGAGUGUUCUGAGUCAAUCUUCUUUUGAUACAAGAUCUUAUGGAGUGGGUAAGCUUGGAUCUCCAAACGUUUCUGGCUCUAUAUCUACUAACUCUAGUGCUGGGAAUGAUUCCAAACCUCAACUCGACUUGAAAAUUUUCAACUCAGAGUACCAAUUUGACAAGAAGAAGCUUAUUUUUUACUAUUCAUGUGCUAAAAGGAAUGAUUUUCGUGAUUUGAUUAAGGAGUUAUUUAAGAUUUACAAAACAAGGAUCUGGCUUUGUGCAGUGCUAAAUCCUGAUGAAUUCAAUUCUUACAAUGAAGGAAAUAUUAGUAGCAGAAGGAAUUUGGAGAUAGAAAUGGCGGAAUAUGCACAUGAAAAUCAGUUACAAAGUACUUCAAACAAUGAAAAUAUUUUGGAAUUUUCUAGCAACUCAUCAUUAGAAUGUAUGAAUCCCUCAUUGACUGCCAAAAACUUAUCCGAAGUGGAAGAUGGGGUCAAUAGCUUCUCUGGUUCAAAUAUAAUCCCUCCGAGCUCCCCAAGUCCAAACGAAGGAUUAUCUUCUUCUGUGAACUCUCCAGUAUCGAGCGGAGCAGAAUUGGUAACUUCUCCAAGAACCGCUGCUUCAACUUCAGCUACUAGUGGAGUGAAUGACUCAGGAGCUGUGCAUAGUACUGUUGCUACAAGCAUAUCUUCAGGAUCAAUCUUGGAAGAUCGCAAGAACUCAGCGGUCAGUCAAUUGAGUCUCAGCGAUACCAUUGGAAUGUUGAACCUCACUGGGACUAGUGGUAGUGUUGGUGCUAGCGGAUAUAGAAAAUGUAGCGUUUCUUCAAUUCCUAGCUGGACAGGAGCAGUGGUAACCAAUGGCGCUCCAGUGAUUGGGAACCAUUUAGUUUGUGACAGUAAUAGUGAUGUAAUUUCCAGGAAUGAAUUGGGGUUGGGAUCACCAAAAGGAAUUAGUUCAAAUCAUAUUGGCCCUGAUGAUACUAAUAGCAACGAAAAACAUGCGCAAACUGUCAAGUAUGCAGGUACUUCUCCGCUGACAUUCAAGCCAAUAUCUGACGCUAAUAGCACCAAGCAAGUUAAUAUGGUACUUAAUCUUGCAAGAGACCAACAAAUAUCCAACAAAUAUCAGGCUAGGAUGAAUAAAAUUUUGUCGCUAGAUGAAAACAAUUUUAAAAUGGAGGAAGUGGAAGUUGAUGAUUUUCAUGCCCAGAAUUUGCUAAACUCUAUUGAGAAUUUGAAGAUCGAUUUAAACAUUCAUUGA